UUUUAUUGUAAAUAAUUAAAUACAUAUAUAUUAGUUAUUGCGUGUGAUUAUGAUCAAAUUAGGUGUCUGCAUUAUCAUUUAUAAAUCAUAAUGAAUAACUAUUUUUUUUACAUAAAAAAAUAUAAUGAUCUGAUUGCCGUUUCGAAACAAAUAACACAUCAUUAGUACUAUACUCGUGUCCGUAAAAUAUAGGUCUCUCUCUUGAGAGAACUUUCAAAAUCAUAAUGGGAUCUAUUUUGCGUGUGUACAUACUGAACAGUCCAUAAAGUGGAAAGCGAUAAUGAAACAAACAUACGUUUAAUUAUUAAUACGUUCGUGCAAUAAUCGCUUCAGUUGCGUUUUGGACAUUGUGCAGACGCGUUUGAGAAGCAAAAAUGCAAUUUAUUCUACCGUCAGGUAAAUAUACAUUGAUAAAUCUGCAUUUUUUUUUAACAACAAUCGUUUUUAGAAUUCCCUAAUCGCGAGGCGGCGCUGAGUCGACGAAAUGCAAAGAACUUGGCUUCUAAUAGAAUAAUAAUUAAGUUUCUGCUGAUGUUCUCGCAAAUAGUCGGAGUCUGUACAAUAUCCUUGUCUUUGCAGAGGAAACGUCUGCAUGUUAUACACAACGCCGUUCUACUUUUAGUUUUCGUAGGCCUCUCGAUUUAUUCUUUCAGCGCUGAAAAAACGGUGGACCACACCAAAGCGCCGAACGUAUCAAUAUUCCGCGAAAUCGUUAAUCGCUAUCUGUACUUUCUGCUCGGCAUCAUGUUCAUUGCUAUGGGUUAUUUCAGAGCAAAUAAACUAAUCAGCUUCUUCAAAUUGAUCUUCGAAGCGGACAGGGAACUGUUAAAGAUCAGCCAGUUCAGCGAUGAGGCAUCCAAGAAGUAUCUGAUCGCUCUGAAUGUUAUUGGUUUCGGGCUUUGCCUUGCGAUUUUGGGAAUAGCGUUGGUUACAGAAGAGCUGGUUCUGGCUUUGGUGCAUUUCCUGUUCGUUUCGGUGGUCCUGGCCACGUUGGGGCCUUUAAUAGGGGGGUUGCAACUGUUACGAAAGAGGUUCGAAUGCAUAAAUUCAGUUUUAUCGAACAGAGCUUUUCGUAAUUACAACAACGAGAAGACGAUCGUGACAGUUGGGGAUAAGUAUCGAAUAAUCGCGACUUGCCAUGACAGGCUUUGCGAUGCUGCGGAGGCUUUGAAUUCUUGUUAUACUAUUCAGUUGCUUGGUUACUUUACUCUUGUCUUCUUGGGAACACUUUUCGCGGUCUUCGGAGAUUUUCGAGUGUUCUUUGGCACAAUGAGAUACAUUUUAUGGUUACAAAUUCACAUCUUGAAGAAGUAGAGAGUUAUAGUAGUAGUAUUGUAGUAUAUAAAUAAUGAAUUAGUUUAAAUUACAACAUCACAUUUUUGUAGAUUGCAUUUGCGAUUACAUUAGUAAUAAAAUAGACGCUUAAAUUACAAAAAAAUGUUUAAAACAUAUAAAUAGUAGGCUGAAAUAAAAUUAGAUUUGUUAGUUGGCUGAAAAGAACAGACUAAUUUCAUUUAUAAUCGAAUCGAAGUGUCCCGAUUAUACAUGAAAUUUAUGUCUGAAAAAUGUUGUUUUUUUGUUGUUGACAUUCUCAAUUUAGAGUUCAGUUCUCCGCAAUACAUGUAACAUAUUAAGAAUAUAUUCAACGUAUUGCAAAGAAUCGCUAGAAGGGUGGAAAAAAUGGAAAUGGUAGAAAAUAAUAAGUAAAUAAAAAAAAUUAAUUUGAGAGAUUUAAUUGAUUCAGUGCAAAGAAAAAACAUGGCCACUUAACUUUAACAUUGGUUGCAUGUAUUCUAAAUCCAAAUUAUGAAA